GGAAGGGCGCGACGCCACGCCCGCCCGGCCCUCGCUGAUGGAUGAUCUGGCCGUCUCGGACGAUUCCUCGGACUCGGACUCGGCUCCCAGCUCGCAGAACUCGUCCUCGUCGUCCUCGUCGUCCUCCUCCGGUGCCUCGUCCUCUUCCUCCGCUUCCGGUGCCCCAUCACCUCCGUCGUCGUCGAGCGUCUCGCCAGCGGUGGGCAGUGCGUCUGGCACCGCGCCGCCUGCCUCGCCUCACGUGGUGCGCCCGAUGGACGCGUCUGGCGAGCCGCUGCCCUGGAACCGCACCAACGACCCGCUGGGUAUCGGGUUUGCGGCCGAGCUGCUGUACCGGCCGCCGGAGCGCGGGCCGGGCUCCCCCAACGUCAGCUACUGCGUCCUCUGCUGGGACGGCGGCGACCUGGUGCUCUGUGACUACUGCGAGCGGGCCUUCCACCGCGACUGCUACGUCGGCGAGGUCGAGGACGACGCGGAAGGCCAGUGGCGGUGCCUGCUGUGUUCGGAGCCACCACGGCUGGCCGGGCCGGACCGCCCCCGCCCUGAGCGGCUCCUGGCCUCCGCCGACCUCCUCAUGGCACGCCGCCUGCUGCUCGAGCUGUAUGCCGCCUAUUAUCCUUGCCUCUACUUCAGAAGCCGCAGUAACUUGGAGCUACUGCCAGAGUGGAGGAAACUCAAGGACCCUAUCUGCCUGGACGACAUCAAGGAGCGCGCUUGA